AUGGCUCAAUAUGUAGCAGCCCAAGUACCACAAGAAGUUGAGUCAAGAAGACCACCAGGUACAGACAAUGAUGCCUCGGAUGAAGAAAUUGAGAACUUCGCUUUAUAUGCAAAUUGUGAUCCUCUAUCAUUUAAGGAGGCAUGUGAACAUGAACAUUGGAUUAAAGCAAUGGAUGAAGAGAUUCAUGCAAUUGAAAAGAAUGACACUUGGGAGCUUAGUUCUCUUCCAGAAGGAAAGACACCCACUAAAGUUAAAUGGGUGUACAAGACAAAGUACAAGCCGAAUGGAGAUGUGGAUCACUUUAAGGCGAGGUUAGUAGCUAAAGCCUACAAGCAAAAGCUACGUGUUGAUUACUUUGAGGUUUUUGCUCAUGUUGCUAGGCUUGAUACUGUUAGAAUGAUUAUGCUACUCAUGCAGUGUGGAUGA